UCGGCAUCACGCACGACAACUUUACUUAUAAUUUUGUCGUUGACAAUUAUGAACCUUUUUUAAACGCGUGUUUGUGUUGUUUGUUAUAGAAUUGUUUAUUUUCUUUGCGGGCUCGUAAUGACUUUGUGAAGUGACUUUUGGUUUGGAUAUUACUUGAUUUAUUUGUUUUAAUUUUGUUAUACGAUGAUGAUGGAUCAAGCGCAUUUUGGAGAGUACCUCCUUCGACAGCAAAUGCUGCAUGCGGCUUCGUUUAGUAGUCUACAGCACCGAGUGGGUGCGGAGGCCGAGCCGCCGGCGUGUGAGGCGCGUCUCCUCAACGCGGACCUGUGGCGCCGCUUCCACGACAUCGGCACAGAGAUGAUCAUCACCAAGGGGGGCCGGCGCAUGUUCCCGUCGCUGCGCAUCUCUUUAAGCGGUCUGGACCCUCGCGAGGAGUACUGCGUGCUGCUGGAGCUGUCGCUGGUGGGGCGGCGGCGCUGGCGUUGGGCAGGCGGUGCGUGGGCAGCGGCGGGAGGCGCCGAGCCUCAGUCGCCACGUCGCCUCAUGUUGCACCCGGACUCUCCCGCGCCCGGACACCACUGGACUGCCAAUCCCAUCUCAUUCAGCAAGCUCAAGCUGACCAACAACACUAUGGACGCUCAGGGACAUAUGGUGUUGACGUCGAUGCACAAGUACCGGCCGCGUGCUGUUGUGGUACGCGCGCGCGACGCAGCCGCGCUCGCGUGGGGCGCGCCGCACGCAGCCUUCUCCUUCCCGGAGACUGAGUUCAUCGCUGUUACUGCAUAUCAGAAUGAUCGCAUCACGAAAUUGAAAAUAGACAACAAUCCGUUCGCGAAAGGAUUCAGAGCUUGCGGUCAAUCCAAAUGCAAGAGGAAAAACGUGGACACCGACAGCAGUGGCAGCACUGAGCCGGCCAGAGGUGACACUAGCGACCCUAAGAGGCCGUGCUCCGACGCCGCCUCUUCCUGCUCUGAAGAAGGCAGUCUUCGGUCUUCAUCGCCUCGUUCGCCGCCAUUAGUCGAGUCCCCCGCACCUCUCAUCACUCCACCAGAAAACAUCUCACCUCCACCAACAUUUUAUCCACCGGAACUACCAUAUCUCGGUCAAUUUCAUAUGCCGAUGCCCCUAGGAUUCUGGGCGAGCAGUCCUAUGGCUAAUGGAUUCGCUUGGAGCCAAGCGUUGCCACCGCCGCCGCCGAGAGUUCCCUCACCAGCUCCGCCCGCUCCCGCCCCUUGCCGUCGAGUUAAGAACUUCACAAUAAGUGCUCUCCUUGGCGAAGGGUGACAUAAGUCAAAGAAAGUAUGAGCUUGUGCCAAGUAUAUUCGAUGUAACCACAUCGCUCACCUACCUCAUGGCUAUUAGAGCAAAUCUAUGUAAUGUGAUAAAAGUGCCUUAAGUUAAAGCUACUCAUAACAAUAUCGCUUAAU